AUGGUGUUCUUGUCCAGGAUUGCAACGAACAAUGGAUAUGGUGAAAAAUCUUCUUAUUUUGAUGGUUGGAAAGCAUAUGACAGUGAUCCCUUUCAUCCCACAAAAAAUACUCUUGGAGUCAUUCAAAUGGGACUCGCAGAAAAUCAAGUACAAACACGCCUGCUUUUCUUUGAUUUAAUCCAAGAAUGGGUUGAGAACAACCCAAAAGCUUCCAUUUGUAAAUCUCAAGGAUCAAAUGGCUUCAAGGAUGUUGCUCUUGCCUUUGCCACUGUCGCUCAUUGUGCGACUUUGAAGUUUGAAUUCAGUAACCCAAUAACUAGAAACGUGACUUGUUCAGUCAAGGGCGUAACAGAUAGCAAUGAACACUACAAGCUCAACUUUAGUGGAGAUCACGAGGACACCAUAUGCGAAGUGAAUCUACCCAAGAGUCCAGAACCCGAGUGCAGCGUGCCAAUGGCUGGCCAAGAAACAAUCGGAAUCGUGUGCACCGAAAAUAGUUGA